AUGAAACUAGUGGCAAAUAUUGACAAGGCUUUGAAGAUCUACUGUGAUAAUAAGGCAGCCAUAUAUUUUGCCAAGAACAACAAACGAUCAUCAGCUUCGAGAAUUAUGGAUAUAAAGUAUCUGUCGCUUCAAAAUAAAGUCAAGGAAGGUCCAAUAAAUCCAGACAUUGGGAAGUUGGAGUUAUUACAGUCUCUAGAUUUAUCAAGAAACCGGAUCGAUGGAAGAAUUCCGACAAGUCUUGGUGACUUGGACUUGUCAAACAACAACCUGUCUGGAAAUAUUCCAAUGGGGUCUCAGCUCCAAAACUUUGAUCCGUCAGCCUUUGCCGAAAACCCUCUGCUCUGUGGACUUCCACUUCAAAGGAUGUGUGAACAAGAGAAAGAGAAAGGCAGUGUUCAACAAACUGGCUUAGGGAAUCAAGACCAUGAGGGUGGGCUUGUAACGCGUGGAUUUUACAUCAGUAUGGGGCUAGGAUUUGCUUUUGGAUUUUGGGGAGUUUCUGGCACAUUGAUGUUCCACGAGUCAGGCAGAUCCACAUAG